CGGGCCGGGGAGGGGCAGCGGCGCUCGGGCCGGGGCCGGCGGCGAGCAUCGCCCCGGGCCAGCGGAGCGGCGGAGCCAUGCCCGAGCAAGCAGUUGCUGUGGCUGGAGGUAUAAUAGGAGGGAUCCUUUUCUUUGUUCUCCUUGGAAUAACUACAUAUCUGCUCUGGAAAAAAAUUUGCCGCCCCUUUUCUUAUGAAAAGCUCAUCAAUCCUGUCAAAGCAACAAACAAAAAUGCCAUUUUUCAGGAUCAGGCAAAUUCUGAAACCCAACUAAAAAGCACAAGAUCCAGAAGUGUUCCAUUUAUCAUUCCACCAACACUGCAUGGGCGAGAUUGGAUUCACCUGACAAAUGAAGAACAGGUUCAGGAAGACAGAGACCCCUACAUGACCCCUCAGUCUGGGCCACGGUCCUCAUUCCAUUCUUUGGCUGGAGCUUAUGUCGUAGGGACCAUUAACCCAGAUCUGUACAAGUUUCCUGAAGACAAAAGCGAAACGGAUUUUCCUGAUGGCAACAUUGGCCGCCUCUGGUUCUCCAUAGAAUACGAGCAAGAGUCAGAAAGGCUCCUGGUCUCCUUGAUCAAAGCCAGAAAGCUGCAGCCUCCUGCUGAUUCCUGUAGUCCAUUUGUGAAAAUCUACCUGCUGCCUGAUGAAAGAAGCUACCUGCAGUCCAAAACAAAACGUAAAACUCUUAACCCGCAGUUUGACGAAAACUUUGUUUUCCAGGUUUCCAGUAAAAUGUUGCUCCAAAGGACACUAAAGUUCUUGGUUUAUCAUGUUGAUAAACAGAAGAAGCAUCAUCUCCUAGGCCAAGUUAUCUUCCCACUAAAAAAUGAAGCAUUGACUGAGGACAACAAACUAGUCAUAUGGAGAGACCUGGAGAAAGAAAACUUGGAGCCUCCUUCAGAGCAUGGUGAUAUCCAGUUCUCCCUGAGCUACAAUGACUACCUGGGCCGUCUCACUGUGGUGGUUCUGAGGGCAAGGGGAUUAAAGCUCCAUGAGGAGAGCCCUGCUGUUGGUGUGUAUGUCAAAGUCUCACUAAUGAACCAUAAUAAAUUCAUCAAAAGUAAAAAGACAGCAGCUCUUCUGGGAACUCCCAAUCCUGUGUACAAUGAAACCUUCAGCUUCAAGGCAGAUCAGUCAGAGCUGGAUACAGCAAGCCUGAGUCUAUCUGUGCUCCAGAGUAACAAAGGAGAAAAAACGCUUCUGCUGGGACGAGUGGUAGUUGGGCCUUUCAUGUACACACGUGGCAAAGAACUGGAGCACUGGAAUGAGAUGAUCAGCAAGCCCAAGGAGCUGGUGAAACGAUGGCAUGCUCUCUGCCACAGCACGUGAGCAGCACUGAGAAAAAAAACAACCUUAACAUGGAAAUGCUCUUCUUAUCUUUCUCAUCUAAAGGGUACAAAAAUCUUUGCUAAGAUUUUGUACCCGAGGUAGAAAAGAAUAAAAUAAAUUAUUUCCUUGACCCAACACAGAUAAAGAGCUGGUCCCUGGUAGCCUGGGAGUCUCUCUUUCCUCUCUUCAAAAUAAAUGCUAAAUUUAAUCAACAUGCAGCUGAGCAAACGAAACAGCCAAAUACGACCUCUCAAUAUUAAUUAUUUUGACUAGUAAAUUCCACUUCUGGGUCACGAGUUCUGGACACAAAUGAUCACACAUCAUGUAGACAGAGCCCAAAAUGACCCAAGAAUUGCAAGUGAUGACACCAGGCCUAUCUGCCCACUGCUCCACAUCACCACAGCAGUUUCACCAAAGGGCAGAGAAGCCCCGUGCACACAUCAAACAGACAAACCCCAAAAGAUACUGACCAAUACAUGUAGAACUUAUUUAAAAUAGCAGCAUUAUAUUUAAAACCUAUUUUGAACAGGAAAGGUGAAGGCACUGCUUGUUGGUCACACACUUAGAAGCAGCUGUUCACAUCCCUGAGCACAGUGUGUUUUCUGCACUUACUCAGUUCAAUGUUUUCAGCUGACCCCAAGUGCAGCACAUUGUGUUGACACUAAGGGACAAGCAGAGGAGUCAGAGAGUCACAAGUGACUGGAGGCUGUAUCAGUACUGGAAUACUCUGAGACAGUAAGAUGAGGAUCUGCCUUGUCCUUUUAUAUUUCUCUUCAAACACAUCUCUGCUGGAGACAGAGCACUGAUUACAAGAGCCUUGGGUUUGACCUGGUAUGACCACUCUUACACAGAAAAUCCAAUCAGCUUAAGCCCCCUGGGCAUGUGUUUUAGUAGUAGAGUCAUCUUCAUUAAGUAAAUUACUGCUCUCUGAAGUAAUUCGGAGCAAUUAUUCCUAAUCAAAAUAAAAAGGACAUUUUUCUCUUCUUGAUUGUUCACUGGGGACCUGAGCUCUGUACCCUUCUCACUGUACAGUCAUAAACCAGACACACAGACUACUGCAGCAAAACAUUUUGCAAAAUCAUGUUCCAUAACCUCUACAGCUGCAAUCAAACCAACUUCCUUUCAAACAGGAUAUGAUAUUAAUUAAUUCAGAAUCUUAAAAAAAAUCAGGCUUCUCUGGGGAAAUGAAACCACUUUCCAUUUUGAUAAUAAUAUUAUUACCUAAAGGAAAUAUUAUGAAUGAGAAGAUACCACAAAGGAAUUGUAAGAUAACAGACCUCCCUGAUCCACCAUCUGGUAUGUUACAUGGUACCCUCAGUGUGUUUUGCUAAUUACACCAAAGGAUACUAAAAUGAACUAAAUUCAUUACAUUAAACUGAAUUUGACAAAGUGCUCAACCCUCAUUACAUCUUUGCUAAAGGAGUAAUACUGGCAACACAACCCCAAAGAGCUGUAUUCAAAUUUCAGCCCCACAAAACUACUGCAAACCAAUCUGAUAAGCAAAGUUAUCACCUUUGUUCUGGGAAGAAAAAACUACACAGUUAUCAUACAUAUUACUAGAAUAAACUUAUUUUACCAAAUAAAUUUUGUCUUUUAUUAUUUCAAUCAUAUCAAUAAAGAUCUU